AUGUUGUUUGGGGUGAAGGCGCUGCUGCUGAAAGAGAGGAUGGAUGGGGGAGAGGGUGGGGAGAACGGGGGAGAAGCGGCGGGUGAGCAGAAGGAAGGGGAGGCGGGGGGGGCGGAAGGUGGGGGUGAAACAGAAGAGGAGGGGCAGGGAGAGGGGGGCGAUGGGGAUGUGAGUCCUGUAGCGAGAGGGGAAAACGUGGUGGCGAAAUGGGAGAAGGAGGAGAAAGAGGCAGAGUCACGCAGGCGCAAGGCAGCAGCACAGCACGGGGACCUGCUGAAGAUGCAUCUACAGGAGCUGAUCUCCUGGUGGGAAAAGAAGGCCGACGGGCGUUUGGGUCCCCGCGAGAGAGAUCCCUUUCAGGGAAAACCGGAGGAGGAAAAGGCAGCGAAAGAAGAGCUGUUUGAGACGGUUCUGGCGGUGGUUCGGCUGCUGCCGGCGUUUCCUACGGAGUGCCAGGGGAGCCUGGGGAAGAUGUGUGAUGUGGGGGGGGAGGUGUGUGAGAGGACGGAUGUGGAUUUGUACUGGGUGGAACGGUUGGUGGCUUAUAACCCUCCCGAGGUGCUCAAGAUGAUGCGUUCUGAAAAGGGCAUCAAACAGUUGGUGAGUGAUAUGGGCAUGGGGAGUGUGGGGAAGGUGUGGGCCGUGUGGGGGAAAGGACAGGGGGAGAGGGAAGGGUGUGAGAAGAUGGAUGUGGAUUUGCACUGGGUGGAACAGGGGCGGGAGAGGACGGAUGUGGAUUUGUACUGGGUGGAGCGGAUGGUGGUUUGUAACCCCCCUGAGGUACUCAAAAUGAUGCGCUCAGAGAAAGGCAUUAAACAGCUGGAGGUGACGAUGCAGGAGAGGAAGGUGCGUUCGAGCGAAGAGGUGGUGGCGCAGAUGGUGAGCAACUCAGCAGCGCAGCUGAGGGAGGGUGGCGUGGAGACCGAAGCCUUUGUGCUCAGCCUCAAGUGCCCCCUCUCCCUCACGCGCAUCAAGGUGCCAGUGCGAGGCAAGAAGUGCUCCCACGAGAGCACAUUCGACCUCGCAUCGUACCUGCGCAUGAACCAGGGCCUGGCCAAGAACGUCAAGCGGGCAUGGCGCUGCCCCGUCUGCUACCAGCAGCUUCUGUGGUCGGAGCUCUUUUUGGACGGAUUCAUGCAAAAGAUUCUUGACGAAGCAAAUGAGGAGGUUGACGAGGUGGAGGUGUUCCCUGAUGGCAGGUGGAGAAGGGUGGAGAGCGGUGAUGGGGAGGACGGGAGCUGUUCAGAGUCUGAUGAGGAAGAGAGGAUGAUAAUGAUUGCAUUAAAGAGAAGAGAGGAGGAGAGGAGGAAGAAGGAGGAGGAGGAAAAGAAUAAGAAGGAAGAGGAGGAGAGUGGGGCGUUGGAGAGAGGGGCGGAGGGAGAUGGAGUGGGAUUGAGUGCGGUUGAGGAUGGGGAGGAGAGAGGUAGCAGGGGUGGGGAAGGUGAGGAGAGAAGGGAUGACGGAGAGGACGUGAUAGAGACUGCUGGAGAGGAGGGGAGAGAGGGGAUGAGAGAGGGAGUGAGAGGGGGGGAGUGCAGGGGGGAAUGUGAGGAGAGUAACCAAGCGGAGGAGGUCGAAGCAGUGGAGGUAACUGGUGGUAACCAGCAGGUCAAUGGGGUAACUAUUGAAUCUUCUCAAAGGGCACCUCAAAACCAGGUGGAAGGAGGGGCAGCUGGAGAGAUACCCGGUGGUAACCACCAGGUGAAUGGGGUGACUCUUGAAUUUUCCAAAAGGGCACCUCAAAACCAGGUUCGGGAGGAGGAAGCUGUGGAGGCAACUGGUGUGGGUGGGGCGACUCUAGAGUUGACUCGCAUGGAUGGACGAGAGGAGGUUGAGAGAGGCGCAGAGGCAGGGAGGGGUGGAGCACCAGCAGCAGCGGUGGUGGUUGGCGGGGAAGCAGCGGUGGUGGUGGUGGGUGGGACUUCAAGUGCAGUUGGUCUUGAGGCGCCUCAAGCAUCGGGUCACGUGGAUAGAGCAGAGGCGGUCGGCAAUGGCGCUGAGGCGGAGAGGGAAGCGGCAGCUGUGGUGGUGCGUGGGGCGAUGAGUGGUGUGGCUGAACCAGCACGCAAUGCAGGAGGGGUGGUAUGUGGGGUGCAUGGGCCUGCAGAUGGGUUGACAGGGGUGGGAUGUGGUGCGCAUGAGCCUACAGAAGGGAUGGAUGGGGGUAUUGAAGAGAAACCGGCUUUACAACCCAAUGGGUGUUGGCUGGAGAGGGAGAGUGCUAGGGAAGAGAAGGAGCAAGGGGGACAGUGUCGAGAAUUGGUAGUUGGGGGUGUGGUGGGAGGAGGGGAGGUGAAGAAGGAGGAGCUAGUAUGGGAGGGUUUGGUAAUUCGGGGAGUGGGGGAGCAGAAGGAGUAG